AUGCGAUUCAUUGCCACUCUCGCUACCGGUGCAGCCUGCCUUGCCACCGCUUUUGCUCAAGUCAAUAUUGCAUUCACAUCCGUGCCAGAAGCUGUCGUUGUUGGCCAGCCAGCUAAUAUCACCUGGGCAGGUGGAGAUGGGGUUACGCCUGUUACGAUCACUCUGAGGAGGGGCGACCCUCAGAACCUGCAGACCAUCGCUACACUCACUAGCACUGGCGUGGACGGUUACUUCCUUUGGACCCCCGAUGCGUCCCUUGCUACUGCCAGCGACUACGCUCUUCAGAUCACUCAAGGCCAAUCUGACAUCAAUUACUCUGGCCCAUUUGCGCUCAUUGGAGGGACCGGCUCCUCUAGCAUAUCCUAUUCCGGAACAUCGACCUUGCCACCUGCGUCUGUGAAUGCUACCAUCACCUCUGUGACUACAGUAGCCUCAAUUGGUACUGGUGCACCAAUCUCGCGCAACACUACAUUUAGCUCGCAAACUCUUACUUCCACCAGCUCCGAGACUAGCUCUCGAACCACUAGCCGUUCAGCGACCGGCUCAUCGACCGCUGCUGAGACUGCUGCCACGAGCGCGCCCACCGGUGGAGCUGCUCACAUGGCAAGCUCCCUUGCCCUAGUCUUCGGUGUCGUGGCUGCCAUCGCAUCGCUGAACUGA